AUGGAGACAAAUGGUACACUAUGGUCUGUUAUACUACCUAUAAGUUGGAGUAGGGUCUUCUGGAAUUUUCUGGUCUCCAAAGGGGCCCCUGUGAUAGGGAUGAAAAAACGCUGGAUUGCUGGUGAAAUUGGAUUGCCUUAUUUUCCUUCAGAUUUCCCUGACUGCCAUUCAUACUUAUCCUUAAAUGAAAUUGAAGCUAUUGCCUCUAGGGAAAAUGCAGAGCGGCGUCCUCCAGCUGUACGACCUUUCAGAAUUCCAAUUCCAUCACCUUGGAAUGCUGUACAUGCUGCUUUUGACAAGCUAACCAUGAGGGUAAACAAAGCAGCUCAAGUUUCAAGUGGUGAAAAUAUAGUUGGUACUUCAAGUUGUGAAAGUGAUGUAACAUCAUUCAGAUCUCAUAAUUCAUUUGAUGGCAUUGUAGCAAGGACAUCCAGUGUGCUCACUGACUUCUUGAAUGACAUUGGGGGUGAACAUUUACUUUUAUUUCCUCAAUUGCAAAAUAACACUCGAGUCUUGUUAAGGUUAUGA